CAGGGCUGCAGGCGCCUUCUCCCCUCACCUGUUCAGCCACACUCCAGCUCUCCGCUUCAAGCUUCAGUAUGUCCAAACCAAGAGACUACAGCAGCCAGUCCUACUCCCCCAGCAGCAAGAAGCCGCUCAAAAGCGUCCCGACCGACAGAGUCGAUUCAUCGGGAAAAUUCAAGGAGAAGCAGGAGUUGGUUGGACUCAAUGACAAGUUCGUCGCGCUCAUUGAAAAGGUGAAACACCUGGAGAAUGAGAAGAGAAGACUUGAGACAAAGCUGAAGAUCCUCAGGGAGCAGGAGGACUACAACGGGAAGGUUGAGUAUCUUGUGAAGCAGCUGGAGAACGAGCUGGAGCAGCAGAUCGAAACUUUGAAAUCCGACCAGAACAAACUGCAGCCUGAGCUGCAGGAGAUCCAGGAUGAGGUGGAUGAUACCAAGAAAAGGUAUGAAGACCAGUUGGCCAAGAGAGCUGAUCUUGAGAACGACUUUAUUGUGUCUAAAAAGGAAGUAGACGAAGGCCACUUGGAGGCAGUAGCUCUGGCUGUGGAUCUUGAGGACAUGAUGAGAACAAUGGCCUUCCUCAGGCUGGCAUUUGAUGAGGAGAUCAAGGAGCUGGAGUCACGCAUCCAGAACAAAACAGUGGUCCUACAGGACAACACCAGACGUUCUCUGGACAUGGACCAGUUCAUCAAGGCCGUUGAGAAUCAAUAUGCUACCAUGGCUACCCGCACCAGGGAAGAGGCUGAGCAGUGGAACCAGAGAAAAAUGGAAUCUCUGGUCCAAACUGUAGGAGAGCGCGAGCAAGAAGUGCGCGACAUAAAGAGGGAGAUUUCAGACUUGCUGCGUCUCAUCCAGAGGCUUACAGCAGACCUGGAGAGUCUCAAAAGGAAGGAAGAGGCCCUCAUGAAUGACCUCGAUGAUGCUAGAAAAGAGGGUGAGGAAAAUCUCAACAAGGCCCGGGAAAAUAUCGCUCUGCUGGAAGAUGCUUUGAAGCGGACCAGGCAGGACUUGGCUUCACUGAUCCGUGAUCACCAAGAGCUGCUGAACAUCAAGCUGGCAAUGGACAUCGAGAUCAACACCUACCGUAAGCUGCUGGAGGGCGAGGAGCAGAGAAUGAGCUACCUAAUGCGCCAAUCAGACGUUCACCAGCCGCUGAGGCGAUACGUGCCUGCCAAACCGAAAGCCACAGAACCAACCCCCGUUCCGAAUAUCGCCAUCACCACCACCACGCCCACCAUUGACCCGGACACCACUAUUGUCCCACCAGUGUCCCCCGCCACCAAGAAGCGCCUGUUGAUCCGGUUGGAAGUGGAAGAAGGCAAACUUGUGUCUGAAAGCUACCAGUACACUGACUGAUUGACUGGGACUGUCUAUCGUGCCUCUGUCUGCAGCGUUAGAGUAUGUCAGCUCAAUCAGUCAGAGUCACCGAUGGGGCUUUAAGCCUGUCCCAGCUGACAUAGUGCCAGAAGAAGUGUGCCUGGGCUGGUCCAAUCCAUCACAGGCCGAUAUCCGCAAACUGUGAAUCAAUGUGAAUGAAAAUGUGAAACUAAUUCAAACGAAGUUAAAUUUAUUUAAAUUAAAUAUCCAGAUUUUUUAAUUUGUUUUUUAUAUAUAAUAAUCUUUUUUAGUUUGUGUGCUUUCUGGAAGAGUGAGCAGUAACAGCAGCUUCCCGGCAGGUUGAACGUUUACCUAAAAACUGUGCGUCAAUGUGUUCGUGUCAAGCAGUGUUUCAGGAAAUCUUUUCUUUUCUUUGUUUGCAUUCGUAAAGGCUUGUGGUGCUCCAUUGUAGUUUUUGUUUUUUCUGUUUCUCUUAAACAUUUGUGAGCGAAAUAGGAAUCGGGCAGCUCUCUGUAAAAACACUGCAAAGGUUUCUCAGCGACAUCAGCAGCAAAAUAAGGAACUUGGAGGUUCAAAGGUGCAAUUAAAGGAGUGGAGAGGACAUAUAUGCAUACGUUUCUUCUUAAAGUGACAACAGGGCUUGGAAUGGCUUUUCAUGUUCUCAACGUAAAAAAAAAAAACUCAAAAUGUUUCAGUGUUUCAGUGGUGCUGUAAGCUCUGCAUCUUUACACAAUGCUGCAAAGGGAUUUUUUUUUUCUUAAUGUGUGUCUGGGACUUCUUACCUCAGCUUAUGCCAAAGUAAUCGCAAGUGACAUCUAUCAUUUGGGUGAAUGUGUGCAGUGCAAUAGCAAUAAAAUAAUUCAUGAAGCAAAAAUGA